AUGGCAUAUGGUCAACUCGGUCAUUCUUCCAGUCUGCUUCGAGCUGUUCCCAUAAUAGCAUUUGUGUUGCUGCCGACGUGUGCAGCACAUGAUCACGAUGCAGACGGGAUACCUGAAGGUGCAGCAGUUUCGCCAGAGCCAAUCGCUGCGGGACAGGAUUCGAUAUUAUGGACGCACAUCCUUCUCCAAGGACUUGCCUUUGGCCUCAUAUUUCCAGCAGGGAUGGUUUUAGGUAUCAUUCGAUCCCGAUGGCACGUACCCGUCCAGACACUUGGCACCAUUAUCAGCAUCGUCGCCUGGUUCCUUGGUCACCGACAUAAGGGUCGCAAGUUUGCGCCCAACAUCCACGCCUCCUUCGCAAGCUCACUUAUGCUUAUGCUGGCUGUUCAAGUUGCGAUCGGGGUCUACCUGAAACUUCAUCUCACUAAAGGAGUCCACUCGAAGAUACGAAGAUACGUCGUGAAUGUGCACGGAAUAAUUGGGAAGCUAAUGCCGGUCGUCUCGUGGGUGCAAAUGCUCUUUGGUGGGAUCACGGCACUUGGAUUCUGCAGAGAUGAUCAUCUAGGGCAAUGUGUGGCCCACUUCAUAAUGGGAUCAGCGUUUAUUGGGUAUGGAGUAAUCAUGACGACUAUGCUCUUGGUGGGCCAGGUAUGGCUACGUCGAUCCGGAAAAAGUCAAGAAUUCUUCGACUCAACUCUAAUUGCCGCAUGGGGAACGGUCAACACCUUCACAGAACACAGAUGGGGCACAGCGUGGGUCAAGAAUGAUAUCCAGCAUACCAGCAUGGGCAUUGUUUGGUGGUGUGCCGGAUUAGUGGGUAUCUGGCUAAGCCGAUCAAGAGGGGGAAGACCAAAACGGAACCUGAUCCCUGGUAUUGUGCUCCUGCUUACGGGCUGGGGGAUGAGUGCACAUCCUCAAUCACUCAAGCUGAGCACGAUGGUACAUACAGCAUUCGGCUAUACUCUCAUGGCCGCCGGUGCAACUCGAAUGAUUGAGAUCGCCUUCGUCCUUAGGGACAGCAGAGGCUUGGUUGGAGAGCCUAACAGCUUUCAACACCUUCCUCCAUUCCUUCUCUGUGCUUCUGGUUUCCUCUUCAUGGGCGCCACCGAAGAACAGAUGAAACUUCUAUCUGACGCACAUGUUACGCACGUUUCCUACAUCCUCAUUCUAUACUCUUUCGCCUUCCUCCUUUACCUAUUUGUCAAUGUCCUUCUGCACAUCUAUGCAGUGUACGCAUGGCCCGAUUCGGACUCAAACGGCCGAAGAGAAAGCCGUAUGCUGUCGAGGUCGAGAUCAAGAUCGGCAAGCGCUGCAGGUGGUCUUGGAAGAUCUGGAACUUCAAAGCGACAAUUCAGCACUCCAGACCUAACUGAUGGAAUGAACGGUGGACUUUCAAAUGGCAAAAUCAGAAUGCCAAGACACAGGCAGACUGACAGCCAGCAGAUUCGUGAUGCAGAAACCUUCGAACUCGAGGGAUUAAUCAGUGAUGUCGAAGAUGAUGAAGAUACCAUGAGUCCCAAGGGGAUAGACACGGAUGUGGAAAGAGCUUGA